CACUAGCACACACACACACACACCGCUACCAACUCCAUUUCACAAUAAACAGAGAAGACAGCGAGCACUUCCGAUCAGCUCGCACUGCACCGCCAGUAUCCUCCCAUGGCGAUGAAAUGAGGGAACAUGGGGGCCAAGGAGUCGAGGAUAGGAUUCCUGUCGUAUGACGAGGCUGUCAAGAGAGUUACCGAUGUGGAACUGAAGCGGCUGAAAGAUGCUUUCAAGAGGACCAGCGGCCUCUCGUAUUACAUGACCCAGCAGUGCUUCUACAGGGAAGUGCUGGGAGAUGGAGUUCCCCCUAAAGUUGCAGAGGUGAUCUACACCUCUUUUGGAGGCUCGUCCAAAGGGCUGCACUUUAACAACGUGAUUGUGGGUCUAGUUCUGCUGACCAGAGGGCGGGAUGAGGAGAAGGCCAAAUACCUGUUCAGCCUGUUUGCCAGUGACCUGGGUGGAUAUGCUGCAAGGGAAGACGUGGAGGCCGUUCUGCAGGUCCUGGAUGGAGAAGUCCCCGCCUCCCUCAAGAAGUGCUUCACUGAGGGUGACAAAGUGAACUACGAGCGCUUCAGGAACUGGCUCCUGCAGAACAAGGAGGCGUUCACUUUGUCCCGCUGGCUGCUGUCAGGAGGCGUGUGUGUGACGCUCACGGACGACAGCGACACCCCCACGUUCUACCAGACCCUCGCUGGAGUCACACACUUGGAGGAGUCCGACAUCAUCGACUUGGAGAAGCGCUACUGGCUCCUGAAAGCUCAGUCCAGAACCGGCCGCUUUGACCUGGAAACUUUCGUCCCGCUGGUCUCUCCUCCCAUCCACGCCUCGCUGAGCGAAGCAGGUUUGUUUCAUGCCUUUGAUGAGAAUCGGGACAAUCACAUCGACUUUAAAGAGAUCUCCUGUGGACUGUCAGCGUGCUGCCGGGGGCCCAUCGCCGAGAGACAGAAAUUUUGCUUCAAAGUGUUCGAUGUGGACCGGGAUGGGAUUCUGUCUCGAGAUGAACUCCAUGAAAUGGUUGUGGCCUUGCUGGAGGUGUGGAAGGACAAUCGCACAGACACACUUCCUGAGCUGCAGAGCAGCGUGUCAGACAUAGUUGAGGAAAUCCUGACCAUGCACGACACCACCAAGGAGGGUCACCUGACCCUGGAGGACUACCAGAUCUGGAGCGUGAAGAGCGCCCUGGCCAAUGAAUUCUUAAACCUGCUUUUCCAGGUUUGUCACAUCGUCCUGGGACUCCGGCCUGCUACCCCUGAAGAGGAGGGCCAGAUCAUCAGGGGCUGGUUAGAGAGGGAGAGUCGUCAUGGGCUGCAGCAAGGCCAGAACUGGUUCCUCAUCUCCAUGUUGUGGUGGCAGCAGUGGAAGGACUACGUCAAAUAUGAGCAGAAGGGCAUCGUGGUGGAGCAGCCGUCCAUCCUCAGCUCCUUCAGAGCCCCCAUGGCCACGGCCACGGUGGAGCCCAGCCCUCCUGACAGGCUGGGAGGACUGGGGGGACUGGGGGGACUGGGGGGACUGGGAACCCUGGGGACGUUCGGCCCCGUCAGCCCCUCCGAGGAGACGUCCCCCGACGCCGUGUCCACCGCCUCGGAGGCCACGGAGACCGCUCUGAGUCCCCAGGUGGCUCCCUCAGCUACAGACAGCUGUUUUGCGCGUCAGCACAACAUAUCAGACAACAAUAAUCAGUGUUUCUCUGGAGCCAACGGCCACGUCCCCCCCCAGCUGGCAGCACAACGGCCCGGAGCCAUCGACAACCAGCCCCUGGUCACCACCGACCCCAUGAAGGCCCCCACGUUGACCAUGGAGGGGGGGCGGCUGAAGCGCUCCCUGCAGCUGGUGCCGGGCAGAGACUUCCAGAUGGUUCCGGAGCCCGUGUGGCGGGCGCUGUACCACUGGUACGGAGCCAACCUCAGCCUGCCGCGGCCGGUGAUCGUGGACAUUAGGACAGACCAGGCGGAGCUGGAGCUCUACCCCCGCUACCUGCUGUUCCUGCGCCAGCAGCCGGCCACGCGCUCCCCCCAGUCCAACAUCUGGGUCAACAUGGGUAUGACCAGCCUGAGAAUGUUCCCUCCAUAUUUACCCCCGGCCAGAGGCAACGUGCCGUCCCCUAACGCCCCCCUGAAGAGGGUGCUGGGCUACACCGGCUGCUUCAGCCGCAUGGGCACCAUCAAGGACAUCCACCUGUACCUGUCCCAGAGACUACGCAUCAAGGAGGAGGACAUGAGGCUCUGGCUCUACAACAGUGAGAACUACCUGACCCUCCUGGACGAUGAAGACCACACUCUGGAGAGCCUGAAGAUCCAGCAUGAGCAGCAGCUGGUGAUUGAGGUCAGGAACAAAGACAUGAGCUGGCCCGAGGAAAUGUCUUUCAUUGCCAAUAGCAGUAAAAUGGACAGACACAAAGUUCCUACAGAGAAAGGAGCUACUGGCCUCAGUAACCUUGGCAACACCUGCUUCAUGAACUCCAGCAUCCAGUGUGUGAGCAACACCAAGCCUCUCACAGACUACUUCAUCUCAGGGAAACACCUCUACGAGCUCAACAGAACUAAUCCCAUCGGGAUGAGAGGUCACAUGGCCAAGUGCUACGGCGACCUGGUGAUGGAGCUGUGGAGCGGAACGCAGAAGAAUGUGGCUCCUCUUAAACUCAGGUGGACGAUAGCGAAGUACGCCCCGCGCUUCAACGGGUUCCAGCAGCAGGACUCCCAGGAGCUGCUGGCCUUCCUGCUGGACGGCCUCCACGAGGACCUGAACCGGGUCCACGAGAAGCCCUACGUGGAGCUGAAGGACAGCGACGGCCGGCCCGACUGGGAGGUGGCCUCCGAGGCCUGGGAGAACCACCUGCGGCGGAACCGCUCCAUCGUGGUGGAUCUGUUCCACGGUCAGCUCAAGUCCCAGGUGAAGUGUAAGACCUGCGGCCACAUCAGCGCUCGCUUCGACCCCUUCAACUUCCUGUCUCUGCCUCUGCCCAUGGACAGCUCCAUGCACCUGGAGAUCACCGUCAUCAAGCUGGACGGCUCCACGCCCGUCCGCUACGGCCUGAGGCUCAACAUGGAUGAGAAGUACACGGGCCUGAAGAAGCAGCUGAGUGAGCUGUGCAGCCUGAAGUCUGAGCAGAUCCUGCUGGCCGAGGUCCAUUCCUCCAACAUCAAGAACUUCCCUCAGGACAACCAGAAGGUCCGGUUAUCCGUCAACGGCUUCCUGUGUGCGUUUGAGGUCCCAGUGCCGGGUUCCCCCACGUCUCUGAGCUCCCCCACCCUCACAGACAUCACCCCAACAGCCAACGGCUCUGCUGCUAACGGCCACCUGGUGAACACUCCCACCCUCAUCCCUAACGGGGGGCCCAGCAGCACGGUGCCCUGCAGCCCAGACCCCCCCCUGGUGAACGGGGUGGCUAACGGCCAUAUCACACCCGUGCAGGAAAGCCCCUUCAUAGGAUACAUCAUUGCCAUGCACAGGAAGAUGAUGCGUACGGAGCUGUACUUCCUGUCCUCCCAGAAGAACCGGCCCAGCCUCUUUGGAAUGCCAGUCAUCGUCCCCUGCACUGUCCACACCAGUAAGAAGGACCUGUAUGACGCAGUGUGGACCCAGGUGUCCCGCCUGGCCAGCCCCCUGCCCCCCCAGGAGGCCAGCAACCACGCCCAGGACUGUGACGACAGCAUGGGUUACCAGUACCCCUUCACUCUACGGGUGGUGGGGAAAGAUGGAAACUCCUGCGCCUGGUGUCCCUGGUACAGGUUCUGCAGGGGCUGCACUGUAGACUGCACGGAGGACAUCGCUUCUGUGGGAAACGCUUACAUAGCUGUGGACUGGGACCCCACGGCCCUGCACCUCCGCUACCAGACUUCACAGGAGAGGAUAGUGGAGGAGCACUGCAGCGUGGAGCAGUCCCGGCGGGCCCAGGCCGAGCCCAUCAGCCUGGACAGCUGUCUGAAGGCCUUCACCAGCGAGGAGGAGCUGGGGGAGGACGAGCUCUACUACUGCUCCAAGUGCAGGACCCACCGGCUGGCCACCAAGAAGCUGGACCUGUGGAGGCUGCCGCCCGUCCUGAUUGUCCACCUAAAGCGCUUCCAGUUUGUCAACGGUCGCUGGAUCAAAUCCCAGAAGAUUGUGAAGUUCCCGCGGGAGAAGUUUGAGCCCAGCGCCUUCCUGGCCCCGAGAGACCUGGAGCAGCGCAGCCUGCACUCCCGCAGUGAGAGCGAGGACCUGCUGAGGGCUGGAGAGGACAACCUAUCCUCCAUCUCUGCUCCAGCCGGCUUCUGCAACCUCCCCAAAGCUUCACCCACGGCAAGCAGGAGAUCUGCGCCUUCUCUCAGCCGGACCAGUAGCCCUUCUGGUAGCCCAAAGACCAGUAGCCGGAGACCAGGUCGGCUACGCUUGCCCCAGCUCGGCAGCAAACACCGGCUUUCCACCAGCAAAGAAAAUCUGGAUGGAGCUUGUAAUGCUGAGGCUGAAUCCCGAGACGGUGUACAACAGGCGGACACAGAGGCCGGGGUGGUGGCAGCUGCACUCCCUGAAUCAGGAGAGGCGGCUGCAUCCGAGUCCUCGGCGACGGAGGCGUCCAGCAGCCACUGUGACGUGGUGUUGAUGAACGGAGACAGCCAUGCGCUGGGAUCAGACUGCAGCAUAGAUAGCAGCAUUGACCCAGACGGUUCUCUGCUACAGCACAGAGGCAGCAUGUGUCUGGAUCCCAUCUACAACCUCUAUGCAAUAUCAUGCCAUUCAGGAAUCAUGGGAGGGGGCCACUAUGUGACAUAUGCCAAAAACCCCAACGCGAAGUGGUACUGCUACAACGACAGCAGCUGUAAGGAGGUGCACUCUGAGGAGAUGGACACGGACUCGGCCUACAUCCUCUUCUACGAGCAGCAGGGAGUCGACUACUCCCAGUUCCUGCCAAAGAUCGACGGCAAGAAGAUGGCUGACACCAGUAGCAUGGACGAGGACUUUGAGUCCGACUACAAGAAGUACUGCGUGCUGCAGUGAGCAGCUCCUGGUCUUCCAGCAGCCACGCUGCUGCUGCCUCUGCUGCUGCUGCUGCUGCUGCUGCUGCUGCUGCUGCUGCUGCUCUCUCAGCAGAUGUGCUGAAGCUCUGAACAUCUGCAGGAUUGUGCUCCGUCUCCAGUGAUGCAUCAGAGCACUUUUUACCUUUCAUCCAAAAUCCAGUUUAAUGAAAACGUUUGCCAAGGCAACAGCAAAGCCCCCGUGUGAAAGCACUAUACUGGUGCACUUUGUUGAGCCUGAAGAAUCAAUCCACCCCCCCACCCCCCCUUUGUGAAUCUUGCCAUUACAUGUAUGUAACAUAUAAUUCCACACUAGCAGAUCUCUGAAUGUAUGACAGAACGGUGAUGUCAGGAAACGACGAGGCGCUCUUACUGUGUCACUGGUGAUGUCAGAAUAAGACAGGACACCGGAACUUAGCCUGACUUUACCCGUGAAGCGUUGCUACCGACGUGCUCCAGGUGUAAAUACAUUCAGACUGGAAACAGAUUAGGUUUUAAAUGCAAACUGGAAACGUGAUCAGAGCAGUGACAGGACCUCCUGCUGUCCUAUUUGGUGCCACAGGCCGACUUAAAAUGAGUUAUUUUAAAUAUUGGAUACUGUGACGAGCUUUUCAAAUGCUUUUCCAAAGGUUUUCUUAGCGCUAGUGUGUAACUCGGGUUAACAUCAUCUGCUACCUCAUCAGUUCAGCAGUCUCUCCCAUCUCACCCUAAAGGCUUUGACAGUGUUAAUUAUUAAUUAGUUCUUCCUCCCACUGCAGGAGCACUAGCGUGCACGUGUUUAUGAACGGCCCUCACACCCUGCCUCCUCCUCCUCCUCCUCCUCCUCCUCCUCCUCCUCCUCCUCCUCCUCCUCCUCUUCCUCUUCCUCCUCCAGGACCUUCCCACAGGUCCUGGAUCCAGGAUCUUCCCACAGGUCCACCUCUGCCAAACCCCCCGGUGUUAGUCCGACGUUGCCAGUGUAGCCAGAACCUGCUCAGCUCUGCUGAGCCCAGGUUUGUUCAGGAACGGUGCCAUGACUUCACAAGAUGGAUGUUUAAAGAGUGAUGUAUGUUUGUUUAACCCCCCCCCCCCCCCCUGUUUGUUUUUGAUUCUGCAGAUCUGUUCUUUUAUAAGAUUAAUUUUAUUUUUGUAAAAAUAAAAAAGUAGAAACUGGUGUGGAGGCUUGAGGAGCAGAAAUCCAGCUGCAGGCCAACCCUCGCCCCCCCAGGGAGCAGGCUAAUCCCUGCAGAACCCUUGCCCCCCCAGGGAGCAGGCCCUGCAGAACCCUCGCCCCCCAGGGAGCAGGCUAAUCCCUGCAGAACCCUCGCCCCCCAGGGAGCAGGCUAAUCCCUGCAGAACCCUCGCCCCCCAGGGAGCAGGCUAAUCCCUGCAGGCCAACCCUCGCCCCCCAGGGAGCAGGCUAAUCCCUGCAGAACCCUCGCCCCCCAGGGAGCAGGCUAAUCCCUGCAGGCCAACCCUCGCCCCCCAGGGAGCAGGCUAAUCCCUGCAGGCCAACCCUCGCCCCCCAGGGAGCAGGCUAAUCCCUGCAGAACCCCCACCCUCACCCCCACCCUGCAGUAGUUCCCACUAGUGGCUCCACAUCAGGAGCAAAUCACACACAUGGUAUGACUUUGGGAUGACUUUGUCAUCCAUGAUUUUAACAGUAAUUUAACAGAUUUUAACUCUUUAUUUAUUUAGCAACUUGAAAUACUCAAAGAUUGAAAGAUUUCAACAAUAAUCGCGCGAUCAAAGUCAGAGCAGUAGAGGUUUAUUGUUUGUCAAAGCCCCGUGAUGCAGAAUGCAGCCCAGCAGAUUUGUGGGUAAUAUUUGUCUGGAUGAUGAGCUGUACAGCUGGAUUCUCAACUGGACACUUGAAUUAGUGAAGUGAUUGUGUCAGGACGAAGGGCUUUGGUGUGAUCCAUGUCAGAGAGCAGAACAGCAGCAGUGAUGACAUGGAGGCCUCAUGAUGCCGGCAGUCUUGUGCUGUCGUUGACACUCAAUUUUAAAACAAAGAAAAUAAAUGACUAAGAGCUGCUACAUGUUGCCCACAUACUAAUGAUGGUUUUAGUAAAUUUCCGCCCCACUGAGAUCAGACAGAGAUGUCCCCGGUUGGUCCAGGUGAUUCACCAGUAAAGGGCUGAGCUCAGCCUUCAGCGCGCUAACACGUCACCAUACGGAGCAAAGCUCCCUCCACGGUGACGGAGGCAGAUCUGCUGGCAGCAUUAGUGUCUAG